AUGAAUAUAGAUGAUAACAUAGUCGUCGAAUUAAACUAAAAUAGAAAAUUAGACUAGAGCUGGCAUGAUUACUAAGAUCAAAAUAUUGUAACUGACUAGCAGCCUCCAGUCAAUCAAACACCAACUUUCUAAAAAAUUCUUGACAUAAGAAGAUCAAGUAAUAUGACGAAAAGCAGUGUGAUAGUAUAAGAUCAGUCGAAUAACUUAUAAAAUUUUUACAAGGCAGAGAAGGAGGAUGAUAUGGGUUAAUAAUAGCAAGUUAGUGGUGGAUUUGGUGACUCCCAGGAACUUGAUGAGGAAACCAUUUAGUAAAUGCUCAAACAAUAACAACAAAAAAUUCUUGCUUAUUAAUCACUAACAUAUAGAUAAAAGCAAUUGAGCUCUGAAAAAAGUCAUAAGAAUAAAUGGGAAGACGACACAAUUACAGAGGACUAUCAAAUGGAGAGCACCACAUUCUAGUUCGAGGAGAUAAGGAAAAAUGAAAGUUUUGGCAUAAAAAAGUAUGCUGAUGCGAUAUAUAGAGGAGAAAUCGUGAAUGGCAAAAGAAGCGGUAGAGGAAUCAUGCUUUACAAGAAAAAUAGAGUAUAUGAAGGAGAAUGGGUGAAUGAUGUAAGAUAAGGCAAGGGAUAUGAGAGAUAUUAAAAUAGUAAUAAGUAUGAAGGUGACUUCUUCAACGGAAAAGCACAUGGCAAGGGUGUAUAUUCUUGGGCUAAUGGAGAGAUUUACGACGGAGAGUGGAAAAUUGGAGUAAAGGAUGGCUAUGGAAUCUGGAAGGGUGUCUUUGGUGACUCCUACAUUGGAGAGUGGAAGAACUCAAAAGCUGAUGGCUAUGGAGUGCAUCAAUGGAAGAAUGGCGAUAGAUACGAAGGAGAGUGGCAAACUUGCUUGAAACAUGGUUAAGGAACUGAUAUAUUUGCAAAUGGGGAUUCUUAUACUGGUCAGUAUACCUAAGGAAAGCCAGAUGGUCAAGGCUAAUACAAAUGGAAAAAUGGGAGCGUGUAUAUUGGCGAAUUCAAAGAUGGGCUAAAACAUGGAAGAGGUAAAUGGCGCAAAUUGCAAAACGUUCAAAAUUGUAACAGCUAUGAUGGGGAGUAUUAAUACGACAAAAAGAAUGGCUAUGGUGUAUUUACUUGGGAGAGUGGUAAUGUUUACAAGGGAAACUACAAAGAUGAUGAGAGAGAUGGGUACGGUGAGAUGUUUUGGAUCGAUGGCUCUUACUACUAAGGUGAAUGGCGUAGAGGAAUUCAACAUGGACAAGGCAAGAUGACUUUCCCAGAUGGCAGUAUAAAGGAGGGAUUAUUUGAGAACAAUGUCUAUCAGCAACAACUCUAAGUUCAAACUAUUCAAUCUCCAAUUAUAAUAGCUCCUAAACAAUAAUAAAUUUCAGAUGAAGUAUCUUUGAUUGUAGAUGAAAAAGCGACUUUGAGUCCGAAUGGCAGUGUAAUUGAAUCAAAAAGUGUCACUUCUAGGUCUUCUAAUAUAAAUAUAAGAGCUAUUAGCAGAGGAAAGAAUGCCUCAAUCAUAAGGCAGAUUACUGGCACAUCAAACUUGUCAUUUCAAACCAAUUUCAAAAAAGCUCCUGAUUUUUUGAAUCCAGUUUAGCCACCUAUUAAGAAGGAAUAAUUAAAUACAUCUAACGAAUAUGAUUAUGGUUAUGGAGGAUAUAGCUCCCCAGGUCAAGACUCAGAUUCAACUAGAGUGUCUAAUAUUCUGUAUAGUAAAAUGUCUGUCUAGAAACCCUACACAAACAGAGAUCAAGUCAAUCUUAGUAUGAUGUAGAAACCAGGCAACAUUAAAAUGGCUUUGAUAAAUCAGCAGGCCCUCAAUAAUUCCUCAAAUCAAGGUUACCAUAGUAACAAUGAACAGGCUAGUUUUCUGCCUGAAAUCAAGAGAGUUUUUAGCAAAAGCUCGUAGAGAACUUAAGUAACCUAAUUAUCUGAUCAAAGAAGAGCUUCGCCUGAGGCUAUUGCUCUCAUGAUGAACAAUCUCAAAAACAAUAAAUAAAAUAAACACUGGGUUCCUGGUGGAACAAACGGGAACAAAGAAGACUUAAGUAAAAUAAAAAAGAUCGUGUUCUGA